AUGAGAUUCGUUGGAUUUGGAUUUUGUACUGGGUUAUAUGUGAUGUACAGCUUAAUGGUGGGUAUUGGUACUGGGUUAUAUGUGAUGUACAUCUUUGUUUUAGCUGUACCUGCUGAUAAACAAAAAAUGGGAAACGAAAAAGAACAGCCCAGUACGCAAACAUUAUCUAGCUCAAAUCCCCCAUCCGAGGCCAUACCAUCAACUAGUCCAAAUAUCCCAAAUUACAUGGCGGGUUACUUUGGACCAGUGCCUACGUGGUCACCGACUUUUUUACCAUAUCCGGUUGGUAACCAAUUUCCAAUCAACAUACAGAAUGCUGGUUAUCCAUUUCAACAUAUCAUGGAACCGCCGGCUCCUAUCAGCAAUACAAGCUCUGCCACAAGCAGAAUAGUUGAUUCAGAGGAUAAUAGACCUGAUGGUGGGGAAACUGAAGCGCCAUGUGGAUCCCCUAGAGCUGAAGAAUGUACUGAGGAUAAACCAAGUCCUAUGGAACCUGGAGAUGGCAGUGCUGAGAAAUCUCAGAAUGUCCAAAUGGAUGAUGAUGAUACAAUUGAAGAGCCAAAAUCGGGAAUGGAGUUUAAUUCAUUUGAAGAUUUAUUAAGUUAUUAUAAGGAAUAUGGUAAGAAAUGCGGGUUUGGGGUGAUGACGAAACGGACUGAGAGGGGAGAAGAUGAGUCUGUUAAAUAUGUCACAAUUGCUUGUGCCCGCAGUGGAAAGGCCCGGAAUAGGACGUUGAAUGUUGCCAACCCACGUCCGACAGGGAAAACUGAAUGUAAGGCAAAGAUUAAUGCCUUAAGGCAAGAUGGUGUGCUUCGGUUGACGACAGUACAUAAUAUCCAUAACCACGGUCUCAGUCCAAAGAAAUCUCGUUUCUUUCGAUGUAAUAGAGAAGUUAGUGAUGCCGUAAAAAGGGUCCUUGAUACAAAUGAUUUGGCUGGCAUCCAAACGAAUAAGAGUUACGGAUCUCUUGUUGUUGGCGCAGGUGGAUUUGAGAACCUACCAUUUUUGGAAAAGGAUUGUCGUAAUUAUAUUGACAAGGCCAGACAUUUACGACUUGGAGCAGGUGGUGCUGGAGCGCUCCGGGAUUACUUUUUACGGAUGCAGUACAAAAAUCCUGGGUUCUUUUAUAUGAUGGAUAUAGAUGAUGAGGGGAGGUUAAAAAACGUCUUCUGGGCAGACCCUCGUAGUAGAGCAGCGUACCAAGAUUUUGGUGACGUGGUCACAUUCGACACCACGUACCUAACGAAUCGAUAUGGGAUGCCCUUUGCACCAUUUGUUGGUGUAAACCACCAUGGUCAGUCAAUUUUGUUGGGGGCAGGCCUGAUUUCCAGUGAGGAUACCGAGACCUUUGUGUGGUUAUUCGAGACAUGGUUGCAAUGCAUGGAUGGUAUGGCUCCGAAGGCUAUUAUCACUGAUCAGGAUAGAGCGAUGAAAAAUGCUAUCGCAAUUGUUUUCCCAAAAACCCAGCAUAGAUUUUGUCUUUGGCAUAUACUAAAAAAAGUCCCCGAGAAGCUUGGCUCAUAUAGUUCGUACAAAACUGGCAUGAAAAAUGCAUUGAUGAAAUGUGUCUAUGACACCCAACUUGUUGAUGAGUUCGAAAAAUGUUGGGAUGAGUUGAUUAACACUUACAACUUACAUGAGAAUGCGUGGUUGCAAAGCCUAUAUGUUGAGCGUGAACAUUGGAUUGAGAAUGAAAAUCUUGCGGACUUCCAGUCAUUUAAUGCCACAAUCCCCUGUAUAUCUACAUCCCCGAUUGAAAAGAGGUUUCAAGAGUUGUACACGAAUGCUAAGUUUAAGGAAGUUCAGCAACAAGUCAACGGCAUCAUUGACUUGAAUCUAAAGUUACAUAAAAGUGAAGGUGCAGUAAAGACAUAUAUGGUAGAGGAUGAGGUAAUCAUCUUAGAAGAGUUCACUAAGCCGGUUACCCAUUUUGUGAACUUUAGUGGCGAAGAUGCAGUUGCAAAGUGCUCUUGUGGAUUAUUUGAGAUGAUGGGGAUAUUGUGUCGGCAUAUUUUGGUCGUAUUCAGGUGUAACGAUAUUAAAUUUUUGCCAGAAAUGUACAUUUUAGAUCGAUGGAGGAAAGAUAUUAAAAGACGAUACACAUUAAUCCACAGCAGAUACGAUGGAGGGGAACAACGGGCAGAUUGUAAUAGAUAUUCAAGUCUUUUAAAUAUCUGUUAUAAGAUGAUUACUCUCGCAUCGGGUUCGAGAGAGCAUUAUGAGGAUGCGAGCACUAAGUUAUAUGCAAUGAUUGAUUUGUAUCGUGCCAAUCAAGAACCCCCAUCGAUGACUCAAAUUGGUUCCAAUGUUCACAGUACGGCAAAGGACACUACGGUCGAUGGUUCGAGGGAAGUACGUAGUCCGCAUGUUGUGCGGGGUAAAGGCAGACCUCCAUCUCUAAGAAGAGCAUCCAGGAUGGAGAUAGACAUGCGGAAAGCUAAAGCAAAGACCAAGAAAGCACCAGCAAAGGGGAAGCGUAAAGAGCGGGAUGGAGGACAUACCCAAGUAGUGGAUAGAGAAGAUACACCGAUCGUAGAAGUAUGCAGGAAUUUAUUUGGCUCUUCUGAGAUGGCUAUUCCAGAAAGAGAAAGAGUGGUUGUAGACGUUAUUGGAACCGAACCACGAGAAAUAUUGAUGCAGAGUCAAGAAAGCAUGCAAUUUGGAUUAGAUGGAUCACAACCGUUGCAAUGA